AUGUAGUAACUCGCUUCUGGUGGAAUGCCCUAAUAAUAUAUUCCUUUAAUGUAUGCCCCUUAGGCUUUUUAUGAUUAGUAUCUGCAGAUGAGUCAAAUGGGUCAAUAGAUGUAGUAAAAUAAUCUUUUGAAGGAGAUGUUUUAGCAAACACCUUAAUAAUAGAUGCAACCGAUGAAUUAUCCCAUGCCUAUGAUGCAACAAUUUGGUGAUCAAUUUUAUCAAUAAAAGAAUGUUAAUUAAGGAUUCUAGUAAAAAUUCCCAAAUUACUCUUAAGUGAAGCAAGAAUUGGAAGAUUAAUAAUAAAAGAAUAAUAAAUGA